AUGAUUCCCUUACAAGAUGAAAACCUCAUUGAAACAAGUUUAGAGUUCUAUGGGAAAGUUUCUCAAUUGUUAUUACGAUACGUUGGUGUCCGACCAACCGAUUCUGAAGUCACAUUUUCUUCUCAAACACCGUGGAUAUGGCGUCUACUACCGGAUUACUACAUCGACGACAUCUGGGACUUUCUCAUGUCGGCUGCAAUGAUGGUGCCACAAUCAUUGUCCAAACGUAAUAUUGAUGACAUUUUAACACUAAUGAUCUUUGUGAUUUGUGCACCACGUCAUUACAUACAGAAUCCUCAUAUUAUUGCAAAAGCAGUAGAAGUUAUACAUUGGUUAUGUGCCAGAAGUGAACAUACAUUUCUUCGGCAAGCAACCGAAUAUAUAUUCAAUCAUCGUCUAGCCCAAGAUUCACUUGUCCGAGCAUUGACAAAACUCUAUGCGGAUGUCGAAACAACGGGCGCAGCCACAGAAUUUUACGACAAAUUUAAUAUUCGUUAUCAUAUAAGUAUUAUAUUUAAAUAUGCAUGGCAAAAGCCGGCCUUUCGUCAUUCGUUUCUGACGACUGCUAGAGAUGAAAAAGAAUUUAUACGCUUUUUAAACAUGGCAAUUAACGAUGUCACAUAUUUGCUUGAUGAAAGUCUUCAAUUAUUAAAAAAAAUCCAUGAUAUCGAAACUGAUAUUGACAACAAGGAAGAAUGGGAAGCAACGCCCAUGGAAACACGGAUGACUAAAACUCAACAAUUGAGUCAGUAUGAAUCGCAAUGUUGUACCUAUUUACCUCUGGGAAUGGAGACAUUACAUAUGCUGGAAUAUCUAAGUGCGAAUGAGCCUGGCCCAUUUUGUUCACCGGAAUUGGUCGACCGUUUAGCCGCGGUACUCGAUUUUAAUCUCAAUGAAUUAUGUGGCCCGAAUAGCCGUUAUUUAAAAGUGAAAGAGCCGAGUAAAUGUUGCUUUGAUCCAAAACGACUAUUGGAGAAAAUUGUCGAACUUUACUGUAAUUUGACACGUGAUGAGCGUUUUGCUGAAGCAAUCACACGUGAUGAGCGUUCGUACCGACCGACAUUAUUUCAAACGGCGAUCGAACGCAUGCAAAAUCGCAGCAUUACAACAUCAUCUCGGCUGGAAAUACUUUAUAGUUUAAGUCAACAGGCACAUGCUAUUGCGGAAGAGAAAUUAAAAGAAGAAAUGGAUUUGUCCGAUGCACCAGAUGAAUUUCGAGACCCAUUAAUGUGCACAGUCAUGACUGAUCCCGUGAUUCUACCAAGUGGAGUCACAAUGGAUCGAUCAGUAAUCACCAAGCAUUUACUCAAUUCAAGUACGGAUCCAUUCAAUCGUCUUCCAUUAACUGCUGAUCAACUUCAGCCUGCGGUUGAACUCAAAGAACAAAUCGAUAACUGGAUACGCAAUAAGAAAAAUCGAACAGUUUAA